AUGACAAAAACAGCCCUCCUUAAACUAAUUUUGGCAAUAGUUAUCACAAUCAUUUUGAUUUUGCCAGACUAUUUCAAGACACCAGGAGACAACAUGUUGGAACUAUCAUGUCUAGAAAUGUGUCUGCAGCCUAAUUUGACCUAUUCACAGUCCCUGUUAAAUUAUUCUUUCAUGACUCUCCUGCGGCCAGUAAGAGAAACUCAGGUUUUUAGAGGAAUCUUUCUAAAUCACUCCGAUUUUCAAAACAUCACCAGGAUUUGCCAAGAGAUCCCAAGCAAGUUCGAAGUGUGCUCCUCAUGUUUGAUUUGCCAGUCCAAAGAAGACAUGGAUUUUAAUUCUCAGGAACAAUCACCAAAAGUUCUUGUCAUGAGAGGAUCAAUGCAUUCGAAAGCUAGUGCUUUUCGUUUACAGCAUCAACAUUUGAACUUCACCGUAGCGCCUGUGGUCGGCCACGCGGAGGCCUACACCACCACCUGUAACCUACAGCCGCACACGAGGACGCCCAAGCCCACAGUGGAAGAGCCAACCGAGGAAAAGUCUAUAAACGAUUCCUGUAGAACUGCGGGAGGCCUGCAUAGCUACAUACAUGUUUCUCUGCACCUAGACAUGGAUAUAAAAUAUUUCACGUGCUCCAUGAAGAUCGCUUGGUAUGUUUUAGUCCUGCUGGUUUUUGUAUUACUGAUCAUCCUCAUUACUCAUAAAAUACUUGAAGGCCAUCAGAGAGCGCCGACGUGGCAAACUCAUAAAUGCGACUCCACAUCAUUCCUCUUAAGAGGGAGCAACUCUGAGAAGCAGAGAGCGUUGAACUUGCAGGUCCUCCUAGCAGAGACCACACAGAGCCUGCCCUCAGCUCAGGUCCACGUGGUGCUCGCUCCAAUACCAGAAUUGGAAGUUGUGUCCACAAUCCACCAGUGAGAUCAACUUACACAGUUAUCCCUUUAAAGUAUUCUGGACAAUUUAGAUGGAACAAUUUAGACAAACACUCCCGGUUUUAUGUUGGGAACGAGGGACUUUUGGCUCUCGGUGAGGAUGUGCAGCAGGAGUAGUAGGAAUGAUGGCUGGUUGGUGAAGAUGAGAUGAAGAACUUCCAUGGACCUUUGAAAGGAAGAGAAUGAGCCCUUUUCCAGGAAGCUACUGUGAGCAAUGCAAACAAGCUGAGGAGACCCAUGGAAACAAUAGGGGAAUUCUUCUCCUUGUUCAGCAAUGUAGAAUUGACCCAUGGUUUUAAUUUUGAGAAACCAAAGCAUGGUCAAGGUUGACAAUCCUUUCUCUUAUGGCCACACAUCACGGCUUCUGAUUUUCCGAUACAAAUGGAUUGUCCGUGUAGCAAAUGACUUAAG